AUGGAGAGAGAACAAUUCUUUGCUGUCAGGAUGAUUGUGGCCUUUCUGUUGCGUCUGCUGCUGUUGCUCCUUCAAGCUCAUUGUAGUGCACAGUCUAUUAUGUGCAGCCUGAAUUCUCCCCUUCGCAUGCCAGUACAGGAUUAUGAUCAGAGAGGAGAUCUUCUGAUUGGUGGAAUCCUAAACCCAUACAACUUCAGGCCUGACCCUGCUGUCUUCAGAAAUCAUCCCAGCAUGUGGGAAGUAAUAGAUCAUAAUAUUUUGCCUGAAGGAAAUAAGGAGGUUCUAGCCUUGGCCUAUGCUAUAAAUGAGAUCAACAUCAACCCAAAGAUUUUACCAAAUGUGACUCUGGGAUUCCACAGCCAACAUACCUACCAUAUUCAGAGAAGAAACUAUCAGAACAUCCUGAGAAUUCUGUCUGGCUCAGAGACAAAUGUCCCAAAUUAUAUUUGUGAUGUCCAGAAGAAACCAAUAGCUUUCAUUGGAGGACCAGACUCUGAAACAUCUCUUCUAAUGGCUGGCAUCUUAACUACCUACAAGAUUCCGCAGAUCAGUUAUUGUUCAUUUUCUAUGGAGAAACAUGAUAAAGCCACCAUUCCUUCCUUGUACCACACAAUCCCCAGUGAAGAAGAUCAGUAUGAUGGGAUUGCACAGCUACUCCUGCAUUUCCAAUGGAAAUGGGUUGGGAUCAUUGCACCAGAUGAUGAUAAAGGAGAAGGUUUCAUAAGGGCACUGCCCCCAACACUUUCCAAGAAGGGCAUCUGUACCGCUUUCAUGGAAAAAAUAAAAAACAUUUUGUUGGUGCCCAAGCUAAAAGAUGUGAUGCCUUCUUCUCUCUGCAAUGAGAAAUGCCAACCCGGUUACAGCAAGAAAAAGCAGGAGGGGAAAGCAUUUUGCUGCUAUGAUUGUAUUGCAUGUCCAGAUGGAAAGAUUUCAAACAAGACGGUUGAUAUGGACGAUUGUUUCAAAUGUCCAGAAGAUCAGUAUUCAGAUAAAGAGCAGGAUCAAUGCCUUCACAAACGCUUAAACUUUCUUUCUUACUACGAAAUGUUGGGCAUUACUUUGUGUCUUUUGGCCUGUUGUUUGGCAGUGAUCACUGUGCUGACACUUGGAAUCUUUAUCAAGCAUCAAGACACUCCCAUUGUCAAAGCUAACAAUCGUGAUCUCUCAUAUGUUCUACUAACUUCUCUCUUCUUCUGUUUUCUCUCAUCCCUAUUAUUCAUUAUUCAGCCUGGGACAGUCAUCUGCCCUCUUCAACAAGUGGCUUUUGGCCUCAUCUUCUCAGUGGCUGUCUCCUGCGUUUUGGCCAAAACCAUGACAGUGGUUGUGGCUUUCAUGGCCACUAAGCCGGGAUCCAGGAUGAGGAAAUGGGUGGGGAAAAGACUGGCCAUCCCCAUUGUUCUUUCCGGCUCCCUCAUUCAAGUAGUUAUUUGUAUCAUCUGGCUAUGUACUGCUCCACCAUUUCCAAAUGUUGAAAUGCACUCUCUGGCUGAAGAAAUUGUGAUGGAGUGUAGGGAAGGAUCCGUUGUCAUGUUUUAUUGUGUUCUGGGCUUCUUAGGAUUGUUGGCUUUGGUGAGCUUCAUUGUCGCUUUCUUUGCAAGGCAUUUGCCUAGCACUUUUAAUGAAGCCAAAUUUAUCACUUUCAGCAUGUUGGUCUUUUGCAGUGUUUGGCUAUCAUUUGUUCCAUCCUAUCUGAGCACCAAGGGCAAAUAUAUGGUAGCUGUGGAGAUCUUCUCCAUCCUGUCUUCUGGUGCUGGGUUAUUAGGUUGUAUCUUUGCUCCUAAAUGUUUUAUUAUUAUCCUGCAACCUAAACUAAAUAGCAAAAGUCAUGUAAUAACUAGGCAUGGUGAGGAGAAAUAG